CUUUUCAUUUUCAUUCGACACUUUGUUUCGGCCUUGUCAGUACGUGUCAUUGAGUUACUUACUCGCGUAAUUUCGAGCUGUAUUUUAAUUUAAUCCAUAAAGUAUUUCAACUACAUUGUUUCUAAAAAAAGGAAUUUUAUUAUUUUAUCGUGAUUGUUGAAGUGCACACUUUAUCACCAAAUGGCUAGCGAAGGUUUCCUGAACAAAAUAUCUGGUUUUGCUACACUAGCAAUUCAUGCAGGUCAAGAUCCAGAAAAAUGGAACUCUGCUGCUGUAGUACCACCCAUAGUUACAUCUACAACAUUUAAGCAACCUGCACCCGCAGAACAUACAGGCUUUGAAUAUGGUAGAUCAGGGAAUCCUACAAGAAAUACACUAGAAGAAUGCUUGGCUGCUUUGGAUAAAGGGAAGCAUGCUUUAACUUUUGCAUCAGGUUUAGGAGCAACAACUACUAUUGCAUCUUUACUCAGCAGUGGUGACCAUAUUGUGUCCUGUGAUGAUGUCUACGGAGGUACAAACAGAUUGUUUAGACGGGUGUUAGAAAGAUUGGGACUACAGACAACUUUUACUGAUUUCACAAAUCUAGAAUCUGUUAAAAAUGCUAUCAAGGAUAAUACAAAGAUGAUUUGGAUAGAAACACCAACAAAUCCGCUUCUCAAAGUAAUAGAUAUAGCUGCGGUGUCGGCUGUGGCCAAGGAGAAGGGCGACAUAAUAGUGGUCGUGGACAACACUUUCCUAACACCAUACCUACAGCGGCCGCUCGAUUUCGGCGCCGAUAUCGUCGUAUACUCACUGACAAAGUACAUGAAUGGACAUUCUGAUGUUAUCAUGGGAGCAGCGGUUCUUAACGACGAUGCUUUGGAAGAGAGAUUGAGAUUUUUACAAAACGCCAUGGGAGUGGUGCCGUCACCCACAGACUGCUAUUUCGUCAACAGGAGUCUAAAGACUUUAGCUCUUAGAAUGGAACAGCAUCAGAAGUCUUCGUACGUAAUAGCUAAAUGGCUUGAAAACCAUCCCAAAGUUACUCAAGUCUUACAUCCAGGUCUGCCAUCACAUCCGCAGUACGCCAUCGCACAAAAACAGAUGACGGGCCAUUCGGGAGUGUUUAGUUUCAAGCAUGUCGGCGGACUAAAGGAGUCUAGGAAGUUUUUGAGUUCGAUGAAAUUAUUCAUCUUGGCCGAAAGUCUCGGCGGAUAUGAGAGUUUAGCUGAAUUACCGUCAGUGAUGACCCACGCGUCAGUCCCUGAGGAGCAGCGGAACGAGCUGGGCAUCACACACUCACUCAUCAGGCUGUCUGUCGGCCUCGAGGACACCGAGGAUCUGAUUAAAGAUCUAGAUCAAGCUUUCAAAGCUGCUUUCUGAUUAGGGAUUAAAAUUUUUUUUAUAAAAUAAUUUUUAUAGUAAUAUAAUUACUAAGCAUAAAAUUAUUAUCAAGCUAUCGUUAACUGCCGAACCCAAGAAUCAAUUCCGAAGAUCUAUCUAAAAUUGUUAAAAGAAAAUUUAACAAGUUAAAAUGGAUCGAUUAUUUGGUUCGUCCGUUGAAAACCAACAAACCCAACUGACUGACACUAAAGGGAAGUUUCUAACUUGUAUAAAUACAUGUUUCUAGUCUCUUUUUAUCACAGACAAUGAAAGAGAUGGGAUGUACAAGUGCCACGACAGUUUAAACUCUCUGCUAAUAGAAAUACUGACUAAAAUCAGUUAAACAGUUGAAGUUACGAGAG